AAUUGCUUCAAUAGUGUCCUUCCCAAGGCUGACCAUUUAAGGACCAUCUUCUAUACAUGUCUAGUUGUGGGUUAUCACUGAGUCAAAAACAAUCCCCACUAUAAAUAGAGCUCUCCAUCCACUUAGUCAGUGUCCAAUCCAGAGUAAAUCCUUCAAGAAAGGAAUGAGAGAGGAGAAACUGUCCAGAAAGUGAGAGACAGGAAGCCAGGUCUUGGCACAAAUCUUUAAGAAGUAAUGACAGGACUAAUCCAGAGAGUAAUGUAAGAUUUCUGUAGGGAAUAGCAAAUAAUUUCAGGAGGAAUCUUCCCCUGCAAAAGGAGAAACAUGAGAUGAAAAUAGGGGGAAACUGAGGCCCAGGAUGGUAGUGUUCAUGCAGAUGAGGUGAGUGAUCAGAAGAGGAACCCAGGAUGGGCAGAGAUGGGGACAAUAGGAAACAAGAACAGAAUGAGACAAGGCUGGUUGUCUCGAGGAGAGAACUGAGGCUGGUGCCUGCUAACUGCCACUCCCUGGAUCCUUAGGUCCUCAUAGGGACCUUUACCCCACCACACCCCAAUCCUGAUAGCCUGUCUCUGCCAGGACAAGUUCGUUGGCUGCUCUGAGCUACCAAGCCCCGCUAGGAGCUCCAGGCUCAGCUGGGACCCAUCCCUUUGGAGCAGCUGCUUCAGACUAGGCUGGGAAGUACCGAGCUCUCGUGGUCAAGGAAGCCAUGGAGGAGAGAGCUGGUCGUCUGGAAAAGCUACAGCACUGGGCGAGGCACAGGCAGAGUGGGCACCUCUUGGUGCUGGCGGUGAGCCAGCUAUGGCUGGCAGUGGCUGUGGUGCCCUUUGCUAUCUCAGUUGCCUGCCUGAACUCUGCUUGUCACAUGGCCACAGCACUGCCGCUUGGGCCUGGAGUACUGGGUUUCCUCACUGGGAUUGUUACCCUUGAGCUGCGCAGAGCACCCCGUCUCUGGAAGGUGCGUGCCAUGAUGAUAUUCAACCUCUUCAAUCUGAUCUUGGGCUUCAUCGCGUUGGUGAUUGAGGUGAUGAAGACAGCCUUGAUGUCUGCCCCAAAUGUCCCCUCCCAGCUAGAGGGCUUGCUGGUGCUUGAGCUCAGCGCUGAAGCCUUCACUCUAGGGGGAGUGCUGGUCUCAGCAUACUCCCUGAUCCUGCUGAGCCAGAGGAAGCGAGGAUGCUGCAGGAGCCAGAGUCUGCACUACCAGGAACUGCAAGAGGGUCUCUCAGAGUUGGAGGAAGUUCCUGAUUUGGAGAAUGGUCCCACCAUGACUAGCACAGCAAACAGAACGAAUGAGUGAACUGGCAAGGGGAAGAGUACAGGUGCUGCUCUCCUACCCUACAGAAGCGUUCUCCAGACACUCCUGCACCCCAUCCCCAUAGAACUCAAACUAGAUGGAGUCCCUUAAGACCUAAAAAGGAGUUCCUUUGGUGGCUCAGCAGUUAACG